AUGGGUGAAUUUGGAAAGUGUUUGUUUGGAGGCCUAUCAUCAUUUUAUGAAAUAUGGAAGCCCAGCUUGGCCAUGAUACUUGUUCAGAUUUGCUAUGCAGGGUUGAAUAUAUUAUCAAAAAUUGCACUGAACCAGGGAAUGUCUCACUUUGUCUUGGUAUUCUAUAGGCAUUUAGUUGCUACAAUAGUUACAGCUCCUCUGGCUUACAUCUUGGAAAGGAAUACAAGGCCAAAGCUAACAAUCAAAAUCUUUGGUGAAUUUUUCAUCAGUAGCUUGUUUGGGAUCUCAUUGAAUCAGAAUUUUUACAACACAGGAUUGACAUAUACAUCAGCGACAUUUUCAACUGCACUUCUCAACCUAGUACCUGCCAUUACUUUUCUAAUGGCUAUUGUUUUUAGGAUGGAAAGUUUAAGCAUUAGAAGUCUGGCUGGUCAAGCAAAGAUAGUUGGAACUCUAAUUUGUUUGAGCGGAGCCAUGACAAUGACAUUCUACAAAGGAAUCAAAAUACAGCUGUGGCCAUCACCUUUCCAUUUGAGUCAAUACAAUAAAAGCAAUCACAAAACUGAAGAUUUGACUAAAGGUUCUUUGUUGGUGGUGAUGGGUUGUAUCUCAUAUUCAGCAUGGUUUAUUUUGCAGACAAGGAUUAGUAAGAAAUAUCCAUUUCCUUACUCCAGCACUGCCAUAACCAGCUUUUUGGUCUCCAUACAAUGUGCUGUUAUAACGCUGAUUUUUGAACGAGGUCAUUAUGGGGUGUGGGUUCUAGGCUGGAAUGUCAACCUUCUUACUGCAAUCUAUUCUGGAGUUAUAGGUUCAGGAGUAGCUUUCUGUUUGAUGGUGUGGUGUGUAGAGAAAAAGGGUCCCGUAUUUACUGCUAUGUUUUACUGCUAUGUUUGGGCCACUUGCAUUAAUAAUAGUAGCUAUAUUGGUGUUAUUGGUGCCAUUCUAAUUGUUACAGCGAAGUCAUUUGGAACUUCUGUAUAUACGAUGAAGGCUGAAAAUACUACUGAAUAUCAUGUUGAGAAGCCGGAGGUUGUCGUUCAAAUGGUAGAAAGCAGUUUAAAUAGUUCUAGAAUGAAUCUUAUCUCAUGCGAAAUGGGGAACCCAAUUGACGACUGUGGCGUUGUGAUUCCAACUGGAUUGAUAACAGAAAGAGGUUGGCUGACUGUGCCAUUGGAUUUGACAAAAAUGCCAUUGGAGGAAAUACAAAUGCGAGGAGCUCACCCAUCCAUUAUGGGUACAGAACUAGAAGUGAUGGAUAUGGGAUUUCCAUCUUUGGAGGAAGUGCAGUUUGGAUAG